AUGGCAAUGUCUGUGCUUUGUCUGUAUGACCCUAAGUGCUUCAACAUAGUGAGAGCUCUGAUAUCAAGAACGGAGUAUAUUAAGGGACUCUGUGAACCUGAGCUAGAAGAAAAGGAGUACUACCCAAAGGACAUGCACUGCAUUUUUGCUGGUGCACGGAACCUGUUUCUCAACUGUCUUAUUCAGGAUACCUGUGCUGACAUAACAGUGCUGGAAACAGGAUUACUCAGUAUUAAGGGCGGUGCAGAAGCUGUUGUUAUGGCUCAAAGUCAAGUUCAGCAAUUUGUGAAGCUUUUUGAGAAUAAUGAAAGCUUAGUAAGUGAAAAUGAACCAGAAGUGAAAAAGCAAUUCAGACAAUUUGUGGAAGCACAUGCAGACAAAUAUACAAUGGACUUACUGAUCUUGCCUAGCUCACUAAAAAGAGAACUUCUAACUCUCACACAAAGUGAAUGCUCUGAAGUAGAGAGCGAUAUCAUAGAUCUUACAGGUUCUGAAAGCCCAACAGAGCUUUUACAGAAUAAAGCCUCCAAAAUAAUUGUUAUGAACAGAGAUGGAAGAGCAGGUGGUGAUGAAGCAAGAAACAAUGCUGGAACACCUGUAACUGAGCUUACAAAGAAAAUGGACACUGUGUUUUCUGAUGCUUCUGAAACAAGUUUUGUUCCCAUAAAUGUUAUGCCUCCAUUAGAGGCAGUGGUUUCUAAAGAAAGACAAUCGUGUAAGAGAAGAUCUUCUGAUGCUGAGGAAAGGCUUCCUAAAAAACAGUUCUCUUUAGAAAAUGAACAAGAAUCUAAGUAUGCCUCACACAGUGAUCCUUCCAACAAGGAUUCUGUUAUUGAUCUGCUUUCAGAUAGCUGCAGUGAAUCAGAUGAUCCCAAUUUCUCUAUUAAAGAAGGCGAUGAUAUCAGUGAGGAAAUGGAAUAUAAGAUUCUUGUGAACUUUUUCAGAACAAUGGGAUAUUCACAAAAUAUUGUAGAAAAAGUUAUUGGUAUCUUGGGACAAUCUGUGGAACCAUUGACAUUGCUGGAGGAAAUUGAAAAGGAAAAUCUAAAAUUUCAGAAAGAACUUGAACAGUCAUCUCAGAAGCUUAAAGCUCUAAAUCCUCCAUUAGGAGGUAAUGCAAGUCAUUCACAAACUCAAGAAGACAAAGACAUUUCUAGCAGUAAAAAUACACUUAAAUCCAAUCAUGCGUCAAAGGACAUAAAAAAUGAACAUCAUAAAGUAAGAGAAUUACCAAAUGCACAAGUUGAUGCAGAAGGUAAAAUGCAUGUGCUUGUAUGCAAACCUGCCUCACCUUCCAGUAAGAAUUCAGCUAUAUGCUUUAAACAAAGAGAUACUUAUUCCCCUGGUAAGAAUCGCAGUUCAAGAUCAAAUGAUAUAGAAACUGAUGGUGUUGUGGCUUGCAGUGCUAUACUGGCUGCAGCUCCAAAGGAUGUUGAUUUUGUAGCCAGAGGGAGCUCAGAUGUGCAGCAUAUCUCAGCUAAGACUAAAACUGCUGUUCAGCAGAAAUUCGCAGGGCCCUCGGCUGUACAGAGCGGUCAUCCUAUUCUUGAGGACCACUUAGGACAUUGCAGCUCUUCUCAAGAGAGACCUCUCAAACAGCGCCCUUCCCAUCUUUCAAAAUUUGAAAAUCCUCCCCCAGGCACUGUAUUGUCUUCACAAAUAAAUGCUUCAAAUUCUGAUACAGAGACAGUGGGACCAUACAAACGUCAUAUUGAUCCUUCGGUUACUGGGGUUCAAAGAUUUAUGGAUUCUCUGAAAAAGCCAUACAGACUGGAGUUGAAAAAUGAACCUGGGAAACCAUACUUAAAACAUAUCAUUAUUGAUGGAAGCAAUGUUGCAAUUUCUCAUGGUCUAAGGAAAUUCUUCUCCUGUCGAGGAAUUGCAAUAGCUGUUGAUUACUUUUGGAAACGUGGCCACAGAAAUAUUACUGUGUUUGUUCCACAGUGGAGAACCAGACGUGAUCCUUACAUUACAGAGCAGCAUUUCUUAACACAGCUCCAGGAUGUUGGAAUAUUGUCUUUAACCCCUGCAAGGAUGGUUUUGGGAGCAAGAAUUGCUGCUCAUGAUGACAGAUUUUUAUUACAUCUUGCUGAUAGAACGGGAGGUGUUAUUGUGACUAACGAUAACUUCAGAGAAUUUGUGACAGAAUCACUUGCCUGGAGAGAAAUUAUUCAGAAAAGGUUGCUCCAGUACACUUUUGCUGGGGACAUAUUUAUGGUUCCUGAUGAUCCUUUAGGAAGAAAUGGACCCAGAUUAGAUGACUUCCUUCGCAGUGAAGGCUGCUCUAGAGAUUUUCUGUCAGCACAGAAGGCUUUACAGAGCAGUGGACAAUAUUCUUCUGAGAAACCUUUCUUCAUGCCAGUCCCCAAACCAACUAGUAGCAAUCGACAGCCUAAAAACCAAAUACGUGGCGAUCGUUCACCAACCUGGCUUCCGCUGGAACCAAACAUACAGACUUGCCUAGCAAUUCCACCACAGAGAUCUGCCUCAGAAACAGUACAGCUAAGAGAAGCCCUGAUAAAAAUAUUUCCUGAUUAUGAGCAAAGACAGAAGAUUGAUCAAAUACUAGCUGACCAUCCAUUUAUGAGAGAUCUUAAUGCAUUGUCUGCCAUGGUGCUUGACUGAGUAUUUUACAGGGUUUUUAUAUCACAACUGAUGUGUCUAAUUUUGAAUGUCAAUGUGGAGGGAAAUGUUGCUUUGUGUUGUGUUACUUUGUGAAUAUUCAGAACCUAAUUUUAUUUGUAUAAACAAAGAUAUUUUUUGUGUAUGUUUCUAUUGCUAAUAGAUGCCAGGUUUUUGGUAAAUUAAAAACUGCUGCUACUACAGAUUUGUAUUAAUAUUUUCUAUGAAAAAAACCCAAAUCUUCUGCUUCACUUGAACUGAGCUUAUUAAAGCAGUAGCAGUUCUCAAGAACCGUUAUCAAGCAGUUCUCAAGAACUGUUAUCACUUCAAAAUAGUGUUAGCACUUUUUAAAACUCCUUUUCUCAAAGGGGAAAAAUCAUAUCAGAAGAUGAAAAGUGACUCUUACAUCUUCAGACAUAUUUUCCAGACAUAUGCAUAACCUAAUAUAGCCUAAGCCGUGCACCUAGGAGGUAACAUGGUCGGGGGGUUGCAUGUAGUGUAUAGAUACUUUGUAGAAAACCUAUGCUCUAAUAGUACCUCCUUCAAUUUAUGAUCUUCUAAACAUAUCUCAAUGGAAAUACCACAAAUCCUUUUAGUAUUUUCAGAUAUGAAUACUGCUGUGUUGUAUGUCAGCCUGCUUUCAUUAGGCCUUUUUUGUGGAUUUUGGAAGUAGUCUGUAUACUCUGGAGGUCUAUGAACUGCAAUUGGUGAUUGCUAUACCGGAGUAGUAAAUAUUUGGUGUGGUGUUGAAGUACUGUCACAAGGUGGCAUUGUGCAUCUGUUUGUUUGUAAUGGUCAAGAUGAUUUCUGACUGAUGCUCAGAAAUGCUAGUUCUUAUACAAAAAAAAAAAAAAAUUAAAUUCAAGACAGAUAACAGCAACUAUAAAAGUGCUGCUAUGGGUAAAAUUGAAUAUUAUAUGAAUAAUUUACUGGUAAACGCCUUUUGGAUAUUGCAGGCAACUAGGAAGUAGUGUAUAUAUGGGUAAAAAUCUUAGUGCCAUGGAGUGAAAACAAACUAAGAAAAUCCAUUUGCUUGUUCAUUCAGGUUGUGAGGUACUACUACCUUAGAGUAGUUGGGAGAGGAAAAUUUUAAAUUAGAAAGUGUAAAUUCACAACUCACCUCAGUGGGAAAUAUUUGGAAUGCUUUCAAAGAUUUGUGAUAUCUACAUUGUUAAAGAUUCUAAAGUUGUUCUGAAGGAAAGGAGUAUUGAUGGUAAAAAGAAUUUCUAAUUUAAAAACAACUUGUUCUACUUCCUGGUUGCCCUUGUCCUACCCUGUUCUAAUUUUUAAUGCUGUAAUAGGCUAACAGAAUGUGAUACUGUUCAUAUAGAAACUGCAUGCUGUCUUGCGUGCAGUUAGUAAGCUGCAGUAUUCAGUCAGCUCCACCCCAUUAAAUCUAUGUUGGGAUAUAGCCCGGAAGUAGGGUGAAGAAAAGGAACCAUAGUUCACAAAGGUUGACCACUAGGACCACUCUCAAGACCAGGAGCAAAGUGAGGAUUACUGUGUGUCUAUGUCUGUGUACAUACUUAAGACUGUCAUACCUUCCCUUUAACAGGUUUCUGGUGCUAAAUUUUCAAAUUAGUAAAAGAAAAUCGGACCGUAAAGAUGAGGCAAAAAACUGAGGCCAGUAGGCCCAUGUUAAACUUCUGAAAUACUGAGCCUUAUCCUAAGGUGUGAGAAUAGUGGCUUUAUCUCCAGGAGUUCCAUGGGUUCUGAAAUCACUCUUUGCUUAGAAGCAAAAGAGCUGGCAUAUACUGAGGAAAUGAGGGAGUUAAAAGUCUCUCUUUAUCUUCUUGGAUGGUUGUUUCGUAUACUUAUGAAGGAAGGCAAAAUCCUGUUGCUCCUUCAACAGGAGUGAACUGAAAGAUAACUGUAGCAGGAGCUGAGGAAAUAUAUUAGGAAAAGUUCUUGCAGCAUCUGAAAAAACAGAAGUGAGCACAAGGAAAGAAUUGGAGUAUGUUUCUGCAUCCAACUGGACAAACCUUAGGGUUUUUUUGUAUACCUCAUUGGGUUAUUCAUUGGUCAGGUGGGCAAAGUCAUCCUAAUCAGCAGUUCUGUUGCCACACGUGCUUUGUGAUCAGCAAAUUCUCAAUCCACGUAAAAGCUUAGACAGGUUCUUAAAGUCUGUUGACAUGGGUUCCAAAUAGUACCAUUUUAAUAGAAGAGUAAAGGGAGUUUUAGUAAGGGAACAGAUUUCAACCAGUUGAGGGCUUCUCCGUAAGGAAAGCAUCCUGAGGAAGAUGGGGGUGCUGGUGAACUGGAUAAUUCUGCUUAGUUCUACGUCUGGAGUGAGUCAUGGGGACUUUGGUCAGCUUUUUAAUACCUAAGAAGCUGUUCUAGAGGCACUCAAAAGAAUCGAGGAAAUGGUCUGAGACGCAUAUAAGCUAUUCCAUCAUUCCUUUGCAUACUCAAAACCGAAACCAACUGUGCUGUAUAGAAGUGCAGAUAAAGAAAUACCUUCUUGUUUUCAAUUUUUUGUCAUAAAGGAGGAAGAAGAUAAAGAUCAGAAUACUACCCUGCAGGGGCAACAAAGAUAAGUACUGUGUUUCUGAUCAAAUGGGGGAGAUGCAAUGAAGAAUGUAAAAUCUUCACUAGCUAGCAAUGGGUUAAAGAGCUGUAUUAACACUACUAAAUUCUAGUGUGUCAUUUCUGUGCUGAACGUCAUAUUUGAAAGGAAUCAAAAAAGGAAUAUGGCAUCAACUGUUCAGCAGAGUAGGAUCUGAUUACUUUUGCAUGAUGCAAGAAGUCUAGCUGGGAAUAGUAGUUACCUAAAACCUGUAAUCUUAUCACUUUCUUGAUUUGACAGGUAAAUUAGUUGAUUUUGAUAGCAGAAGCCUACUGGGGGACAUUAAAGCAAGCUGUCAUAGCUCAAAUCCAUAUAAAAUAAAACCCAGUGGGGCCAAAGAUUCUUAGUUUUUCUUUUUUCCCCCCCCCUAGGUUCUCUUACCCCUUUCAGCUUUGAGUUUUUAUUGCUGCAGCUCUGUUAGUGAGGAAUGUUACAAACAUAACUGGUAGGGUCUGAAUCUUCCUUGAAGAAGAUGGGUGGAACUGCUGCAAUGCUAUGCCAUAUGGUGGAGGAACACCCCGUGUGGCAUCUCAACUGCCCUUAAAAUGAAACCAUCAGUGUCUCUUUUGUCUUCACUUAUUCUUAGUUCCUUAUUAGCUUGUUUACUGUAAGUACAAACAGUCUUAAAAUGCUGUCUUUCUGUCCAAAAGAACUAGUGCUGGAUGAAGCACAGCAGCCUAGAAAGUUUUCUAGGAACCAACAUCAUCAGAAACUCCUCAGAACGUGUUUUUGGUAGGGAGUGGGGGGCUGACAAAAUACUGUGCAUGAAAGUUGGUCCACGAUGCACCUUUGUCAACGCUACAAAAUGCUCAAAAUUGAAUGAGGCGAAGGUAAAGUCUGAGUGCAACAUUAUCCCUUUCUAAGUCUGAAGGUAGCCAGAACGUCCCUGACACCUAGAACACAGUGUUCCAGAAUGUUCCAGAAUCCCAGACAGCUCACAUUUCAGAUACAUAAUCUGGUUCUGUGCUGGCAAAAGAGGCAUACGGUAAAUGAGGUCGUUUUGCAAACAAGUUUUUUAUGGUCUGAUAGCCUGAAUUUGUAACUCUUGCUGGACCUCAGUUAAUUCUGUGCAGAGUCUCUGUACUGUGUUUUCCAGCGUGCCCUGUAAUUUGGUAUUUGGGCUUUUCUUUUCCCUACCAGUAUUAAUGUAUUGUAUGCGCCAGGCACCUUUCCAGUCAUCUUGGGAAGCAGAGUUGACUGAACCUAAGAGAAAAAGCACACCAGUUUGAAAAUGUGAAAUAUACUGUUGUAUUUACUGUAAUGUUUGUAUAUUUCCUAAUGCUAACUUAUAUGUAGAGAGAAAAAUACAAAAACUUGUCGAAAUA